GCCAAUCUGGGAAUCUGGCUGACUGCUUUGUAGUCGGACGCUUUCGCACUGGCCGACUUAUACGCUCGUUGCUACAAUCUACGGGUCUCAUUCAUCGGGUCAUAAUCGAAUUCGCCGAGUCAAGAAAUAAAACAUAGGACAACUCUUGUCGUUGUACAUACACACCGCUGGGGCCUUAAAGUCAUCGUCGCAUCGCGUCUUGAACAGCACACUCCCGUCCCGGGCGCUUUUAUUCAACAACCCGCAACAUUGUUAAACCACAUUCAUGGUGGCUUACUCGUCACGUUCACCCUCCUUCCAAAAGCCAUAUACAUAUACUGAGCCCCCACGAAAAAUGGCGCGCUUCAGAGCCAGCAAUAUUCUUGGCGACCCUUUUGCGCUCGCAACCACUUCGAUUUCGAUUCUAGCUUGGUUGAUCGCAUUCAUAUCUUCUGUCGUCACUGGAAUACAUGGCGGAUACCCCACCUAUUCAUGGUGGGCUGUUGCGUAUUCGUUUUGCUGCAUUGUCGGCAUGAUGCUUGUCUUCGGCACGGAUACUGGCGCAGUCUACAACAUAGCGAUCGUGGGAUAUCUUUCCGCCGGUCUUGUUAUCACAACCAUCUCGAUCAACACGUUAGUAUAUGCGAAUAGCGCCGCGUCGCAAGCCGCUGGUGCUGGGUUUAUCCUCCUGGCUAUGGUUAUUAUCAUUUGGAUUUUCUAUUUUGGAUCCAGCCCUCAGGCUUCGCAUCGUGGCUUUAUCGAUUCAUUUGCCCUCCAGAAGGAAGGCGCUGGCUCGUACGCAAAUAGCAGGCCUAUGUCAACUGCAUUCGGUAAUCGACCCGAAACGACAUCGAGCCAGCCUCCGCAGAUGUACACAUCCGCUCAACUCAAUGGCUUUGAGACGUCUUCGCCCGUGUCAGGGUACCCCGGAGGAGCCCCUGGCUCUGAGCACCGUAGCUCAUCGCAGCCCCGCUUUGGCAACCCAUCUGCUACCAACUUGGCUAGUACUGGUGCGCCAGAUGAGGUUCCCCAGCCAACGGAAUAUCCGUACCGCGCGAAAGCAAUCUAUUCAUAUGAGGCCAACCCUGAAGACGCCAAUGAGAUCAGUUUCACCAAGCAUGAGAUACUGGAGGUGUCCGAUGUGAGCGGUAGAUGGUGGCAGGCAAGGAAAGCCACCGGAGAAACCGGUAUUGCUCCGUCCAACUACCUGAUCUUACUGUGAUCAACGCAGAGCAA